AUACCCUGGGCGGCGCGGCGCGCGGCAGGCAGGCGGCCGCCGGCAGUCGCGUUGGCGGCGUGGGUCGCGAGGGAAGCGCCGUGUGAAAAGGUGACAUUCUGUGUGAUAUAGCGCGGUGCGUGCGAUGCAGAGCUGACAUCUGAUUGGAUCUUGAAAGCGGUGCAGUGGCAGGAGCGGCGAGCGACCAACCAAAAGUUGUGACUCCGCCAGAGGAACAUUCCUGUUGGCGAUCAAGGACAUGACUGUCAUGCAGUCGAAAGCAGCGCUUGAUGGCGAAGUGUGUUUGAGAAAGUCGUGGACUAAGGAGGUUUGAAUGGUCCCUUGGUGAACGAACGUCUCACUGCUUCAAUGUUUCUCUCUUUGUAUUUAUUUCAUAUUUAUGCAUUUAUUAAAGUCGACCAAGUCACACAUCAGGAACACUGAACAUGAAUGAAGACGUUGCAUCAACGCAGUGCCUUCAACUUCUGGGUGACCGCAAGGCCUUACACGACUUUCAUGUGAGAAGUGCUGUUGGAGAACAUUGAAGAGUCUAUUUCCUCCAACAUAACUGUUCACAAAUUCUCUACCCAACCCAGUGAUCGUGUCAUGCUUCAUGAGGUGGCCUCAUCUGACUCUGAGAGGCAGUGUUUUAUCGUUAAUUUGAAUCAGAAACGUCACACUGGCUGAGAGCUGGCCGUCCGAGUGGCCGAUGUCGGCCUCUCCUCCUGCAUCGACCUCCUCCUCUGGGGACGCCAUGCUGCUGGCUCUGUGGACUGACUGGCACGAUGGCACCGUAUCCAUGGCAACCAACGAUCAGCUGUCGCUCGAGUGGUCCAUGCUGAAUGAAAACUGCUACACCUGGGACGAUAACGACCUGCAGCUGGCGGCGGAGCUGGGCAAAACUCUUCUGGAGAGGAACAAGGAACUGGAGACGGGCCUGAAGCAGCAGCAAACUGUCAUCGACGACCAGAGCCAGGAAAUCGAGUACCUGAGCAAACAGUCGGUGGCGCUCCGUGAGGUGAACGACUCCCGUCUGCGGGUGUACGAACAGCUGGAGGUCAGCAUUCAGGAGCUGGAGGUCACCAACCAGCGACUGCAGGACGACAGCGCCCGAGACAAAAAACGCAUCCGAAGUCUGACCCAGUCUGUCGAGUGUCUGGAGCAACGGACCGCCGAACUACAGACUCUGGUGGACGAGCUGCGGGCUGCCGAGCGGACCUACCGAGCUGCCGCAGCCGCCGCAGCCGGCCAGGGGGACGAGGACGAACAGGGGGACAGCGAAACGAGGGUCCCCAGCACCUCGGACCAGCUGGCAGAGCGGGUGACGCUGCUGGAGCAGCAGCUGACUGAGGUCAGGGAGAGGGAGAGGAAGGAGAGAGAGCGGAGACAGUGGGCAGAGAUGGAGGUGGCCACCGCCCAGCAGGAAUGUUCCGAACUACGACACGAGAUGGCGGCACUGCGGGAGCGCAGCGUCAAACUGCACACACUGGCCGAGGAGGUGCACGCCCUGGAGGAGCACAGGCUGAGUCCGUUCAUGCGGCACUGUUCACCGCGAGCUUCCAGCGCCUCACCACAGAUGGCAGGAGAGUCGCGAGCGGCCGGAUCCGCCUCGGCAGACCGGGCGCGAUCGGUCUGGGGCGAGGACGCCGGCCGUCUCUCCAGUGCCGCCGAGGACGCCGGAUCGGCACCCGCCUCCCUCAUCAGUGAUCUGGACGCCCACUACCGAGUCCUCCUCGACCACAUGGACAAGUACGAGUGGAUGGUGAGCUCGCGACCUGUGCGGCCCCCCACCCCCGAUCAGCCGAGCUCCCUGUCACUGCUGGAGGAGCUGCAGCUGUCGGCAGCUGCAGCCGACCAGCCGCCAGCUGCGCUCCGGGCGACACCGCUGCGCGACUCGGGACCGGCGUCUCUGAUGCUCCUUGGGGCUCCGUCCGAUGGGGAUGCCUCUUCCUCUGGGUUCUCUGAGGGAAGUGAUCCGAGUAGAGCGGUCUCUCGGGCGACGCAGACGCCGGACGGAGAGGUGACAGCUCUGUCGCAGAGGAAGGCGACUGGGACACUGCAGCACUCCACGCAGUACAAACAGCUGUUCCAGGAGAUUUUCCAGGUACUGAAGAAACCCGUGCUGGUGUCGCCUGCUCUUGGCUCUAUCGCAGCGCCUGUAGCAGCUUCAGCAUCACAGACAGCAGAGGGUACACCAGCUUCAACAUCCUCAGCGUCACCAGCAGUGGCUCCAGCUACUGAUGUCAUCGCUGAAAGUUUAGCGUCCAAGGAACAAGCAGAGGUUGAAGAGGUAAACGUAAGCCAGGCAGUUCCCGCCACAGAAACGAGUAAAGACUCGCGGGUUGCGGCGACAUCUGCAGAAAGGGAGUCCUCAGCGGUUGAGAUGUCUCUACGGACCACUUUGCCAGCUGAGCCAUCAGAGGAGACUGUUCCUCCGCUGCCUCAGUCGCCUGGGGACUCUGAGACAUUGUCUCGAAGUAGUCGCUCCCGCUCUGCCAGCGUCCCUCGAGCAUUCUCUUUCGCCGAGGAAUACGAACGCCGGUUGCGAGAGUCCACUCCAUCUACCGAUGGUUGUGCCGACUCUUCACCAGGCGUCGCGUCGAGUGGUGAAGAGUUCCCUCUCCUGGUGCGUCCUUCUGAGGAGGUUGCCAAGUUGCGGCUGCUGGAGCGCUCGUACGCGGAGGCUCUGAAGGCGGGCCGGCGGUGUUUUUACAGGCCCACCCUGCUGUGAGCCGCCUGGCUGGGUGGUGGCGCGCCGCCUGGUAUCUGGCGGCCGCCGGCGAUGUGCUGAUGGUGGCGUAUUUCUGCUGGGAGGAGAGGGUGCAACGGACUCGGGCGGCGAGCGACUGGCGGAUGAGGAGUCCGACACGGAGCCGCCAUACGGCACGGCCCGAGUCGCCCUGGUGCGGGACACCUGACUCCGCCGUAAUGUGGCCUUGAAGAGUUAUGGUGGUUCAUACAGGGCGGAAAGCCAAUGCUGUGGGUCCGUGGGUGGUCCGUUAUGUUCCCUGAAGUGGAUUUUCCUUGCUCGCCAGUGGCGCUUCAUUGUGCUGAGGCGACCUGCCUGUCGCGUCGAGGGACGCUGUAUAUUGUCCUUUUGUGUAUUGUUGUAAACAAGUGCCUGAAUGGCGUGCAUAUCUCGGGAAAUUUGCUCGCGAGGAGUUUUAUAAUCAGAAGUACAAGCAGUCACGUCUUGCUACGUGAUGUACUUGAUAGCAUAUGCUAUUCAUGACUUCUAAAGAAACGUUUUAUUUCCGAAUGUUUUGCGAUUCUUGUGAAUUAAGCGGACGCCUGAUGCGUUUUAUGUGAAUAUUGAUUCCAUCGUGUGGACUAAGUGGCACAGACACGCCUGUAGCGAACUAUGAGCUUCUGUACGCCAAGUUACAUAGUGCGACAUGACUUUAUGCUAAUUCAUAUGCCAACGAUCGUAUGUAAAAAGAGACAUCUCGACUUGGACAAUAUCUGAUUGCAUAGUCUCCGCCACCUCUAUAGAGCUAGCAUUCGAAUGGUCGACCAAAAAUAUUCCUCCGUCCGUUGUAACAAAACUGAAUUCAACAUAGAGACUGCAUCGCCUGUCCACUUCCCGCCAAAAUAUGUGUACAUGUGUAUCCAAGAGCAGCCAAGAGCCCCCAAUGCCGAGAUCCGUCCCAGCCAGCAUCCGACUAUGCUCCCGAUGACUUAUACCGCGAGUUUCUGGUGCCAAAUAGUGUGAUCCAACUGGGUAUCGAUGGCGUUUGAAGCGUCCACUGCAGUGUUCCAGUGAGCCUUCUUUAUGUGCAAUGAGUCGUCUAUGGUGUGUGAGAUGAGGGACAAAUAUAUACGGAUAUUCUUAAAA